CGCAGACACGUUGCUUCACCAUGAGCAGAAACACUGAAACUCUGAAACUCAGAAACUCAGAGAGACUGAAAAACACAGAAAGAGUUGCUGAUGGAUCUGUGUGAGGCGAAGCUGGAGGUGAAGCAGCUUCUGAGCAGAGUGAAGAACAGAGAUCUGAGCAGACUGCUGCAGUGGGUCAGAGAGUCAGAUGAUCUGGAUGAGCUCCUGUCGGACAACAGGAGGAAGAUCCUGCAGAGCAUCUCUGAGGAUCUGAGAGGGUCUCUGCCUCAGAGCGCCAUGCUGCCCUCUGAGAGCACUGCCCUCAGCAAGAUGCAGCAGAGCUCUAAGCCCACGGUGCAUGUGGACAGCUUCCUGUAUGAUGAAGAGGAGGUGGACUCUCUGUGUGAUGAAGGCUCUCUGAGCCGCUCGUACUGUCUCUCCUGUGGAUCCACCAGAACCGCCCCUCUGGACUUCCUGUCUCACUCCUUCUCCAUCCCAGAGCUCCACUUCCUGUUUGAGAGCGCGCUUCCUGACCUCAGUGGGCGUGUCCUGGUGGACGUGGGCUCCAGACUGGGAGCUGUGCUGUAUGGGGGCUACGUGUUCAGCUCGGCCUCUCGACUCGUUGGUCUGGAGAUCAGUGAGGAGUUUGUCAAACUGCAGGAGAACAUCGUGCAGAAAUACACAAUGACAGACCGGAUACAGGUUCUCCACUCUGAUGUGCGUCUGCAGAACGUUCUCCUGCAGAACGCCGACGUCCUCGUCCUCAACAACGUGUUCGAGUACUUCCUGCCUCCAGAGGAGCAAGUCGGAGCGUGGAGCUUUAUCAUGGAGAACUUCAGGAAGAAAGGCUCUCUGCUGGUCACUGUGCCCUGUCUGCAGGAGAGCCUCGACACACUGCAGAUGCUUCUGCCCCCCUGCUGGGUGGAGGAACUUCCUCUGGAUUACGAUGUUUACCUCGGCAAGGACACGGACCCCGACGCCCUCAGACAGAUUCACCUGUACCGGGUCCUCUGAACCUGGACCAGAACCAGAGCCAGAACACCUGACCUGAACACCUGACCAGAACCAGAACACCUGUACCGGGUCCUCUGAACCUGGACCAGAAACAGAACACCUGACCAGAACCAGAACACCUGACCAGAACCAGAACACCUGUACCGGGUCCUCUGAACCUGGACCAGAACCAGAACACCUGACCUGUACUGGGUCCUGUGACCAGACCAGAACACUUGUACUGGGUUCUCUCACCUGACCUGUACCGGAUCAUGUGACCUGGACCGGGUCAUGUGACCCAGAGUUGUUAUAAAGCUCAGCUCUCUCCGAUGAACUGGUUGUUUACAGUUAAUACUUGAAGUGUAUUUUUCAUUUAUUUUGUUAAACUAUAAAAAUAGAUACAGCUAAUCUGUGAGUAUGAUAAAAUGCUGGGUCUGAAAUAAAAACUGAUAAAAACCAA